AUGGGAUCAGUCGCCCGUCAUCGGGCUGAAAACACAGCCGGAAGCCAAGUAUUAUCACAAAUAGGAUUCGGAACUUACAAGCUCGCAGCUCCUCGGUGUACAAAAGCCAUUCUUGAAGCCAUCUCCGCUGGCUACUGCCUGUUCGACACCGCUCAAUUAUACGAGACAGAAAAACAACUGGGACAGGCAAUAAGGCUUUCUGGUGUACCACGGGCCGACUUUGUAGUCACUACGAAGAUAAAAAAGAUCCAAACAGGCCUCUCACCUUACGACGCGUGUCUGUCUAGCAUAGACAAGUUUGGUGGAUAUGUUGACCUCUUCCUUAUACACACGCCUUUUCCGAAGCAACAGGCCGAAUUUGUUUGGCAAGCGCUGGAGCAGCUGCUACAGGAAGGAAAGACAAUGCGCAUCGGGGUCAGCAAUUACGGUAUCAAGCAUUUAGAAGACAUGAAAAGCUACGCCGUCCUGUGGCCGCCCCAUGUCAACCAGAUCGAGUUGCAUCCUUGGUGCCAGCAGAGGGAACUGGUCAAGUAUUGCCAGACCAACAAUAUCGCUAUACAGGCCUAUAGCCCACUGGCGACAGGGCAGCGCCUUGGUGACCCUACCCUUCUCGCUAUUGCACAGAGCCAUGGCAAGACACCUGCUCAGGUCCUGAUACGAUACAGCAUACAGAAAGGCUGGGUGCCCCUGCCGAAGAGCGCGACUCCGCACAGAAUCAAAGAGAACUUGGAUGUGUUUGACUUUGAGAUAAGUGAGCAAGACAUGGAGAGGCUGGAUGCGUUGGAUGAAGGCAAAGAAGGGGCAGUGUUCAAAUUCAAUGUGCACUGA